AUGCUUGCUCAAACCAUCUUCUCCAUCCUCGCCAUCGCCACUACUGGCCUGGCUGCUCCUGUUGAACCCAGGAGCGACGACUACUUCACCCCAGCUGAAAUCCACACCUACAACAUCAACAACGGAGCAAUCUACGACACAGACGAAGGCCGCGUUACCAAGGCCCCCACCAACGGCGGUAACGACAUCACAACCCUCCUCACAUUCAAGUAUCCCGAAGCUGCCAGGGGCAAGAAAUGCCAAUUCGCUUUCUACCUUGCUCCUGGUGAGAACGUCAUUGGUAGCAAGAAGCUUGAUCUCUACUCCAGCCUCGCACCCGCCCCUGGACCUCGUGCCGGCUGGGGUCCUGGUAACCAGCGCAAUGUCCAUUUGGGACGCAUGGAUGUCAAGGUUGGCGGUUUCGCGACCUGGGAGGCUACUUAUGGUCCGUACAUGACCCAGAAGACGGAUUGUAAGAAGCCUGGUACUGUCGAGGGGCUUGAGCUUGUUGGUGUCUACGAUCUUGAUGCCAUCUACUGGAACCCGGCGAAGUCUGGUCCUCGUAUUGUUAUCAGCUAG